AGUCGGAGGCAGAGUGGCGAGCGAGCGAGAGGACAACACACACCUAGAGACACACACACUGAGACACACACACACACACACACACACACACAGAAACACACUAACACGAACUGAUGAAGAUGAUGGUGAGGAAGAAGAGUUGUUCUCCUGAGGAAGAGUCGCCUCAGCGCCGGCCGUGAAAACGCCGCCACCGCAGGGAUCGUCUAAAUCACGAUGGCCGACGACCUUUACAGCACCUUCUCAGCGUCAGAGUCGGACAUCUCCUCCUCUUCCUCCUCCUCUUCCUCCUACCUGACCUUAGAACAGCGCGCCGCCUUCCUCUUCGUCCUCAUCCUCUUCAUCUUCCUCGGCCUUCUGAUCGUGCGCUGUUUCCGGAUCCUUCUAGACCCGUACCGCAGCAUGCCGGCGUCCACCUGGACCGACUACAUGGAGAAAGACACCUUCGAUUACCGGAUUUCCUGACAGGCAGCGUGAGGGGCAGCGACGCUGACGCAACACCGGUAAACUGAGGCGCGUCGAGGCAAAGCAGAAACACAGGCAUCAGGAAAAUAAACAAAUAUUGGGGGAAACUUGGGGCAAAAAAAACAUAUUUUCCCAGGACUUAUAACACAUUUUCAAUUUAAGAUUCAACUUUAUCGCUAAUCCUUUGCCAAAACAGUGCACUUAUCCUUAUUCUGUCUUAUUUCUCAGCCUCUUCAGUGGCAGAAAAUCAAUGUUUAUCCAUUUUCUAAAGGAAUUGGGACCAAAAUAAUGAUUUUUCGAGGAUUUAUGCCACGUUUAAUACCUUAAACUUGCCUCAAACAAGAAGAUACUUAUAUAUUUUGGAAACAAAACAGUUAACGCAAGAACCGACUUUAAAUCAGUGUUUUUUCCGAGCCUGGGAAAGCUAAAUCUUAAAACGUUCGCCUGGUGUUUCUGCUUCCUGUCUGACCGUCGCCUCAGUCUGCCUGGCAGGCAGGACAUGUGGGCACAAAAAACUAAAACACACAGCAUCCAAAAAGAUAAUGAAAAACAAACCUUAUUUAAUCAACGUUUCACUAAUUAUGGUCGUCAUACGUGAAGAUAAUUUCCCCCACAAAAAAUGUGUCAGGGAAGGACAUCACCUGAUUAUAAAAUACAAUAAUGAGAAAAAUAGGAGAAAAACUUCCAUUAAACAAAACAAAAGUGGAAUAUUUAGGAUGAUUUGAACUGUCUUUAUCUGAGAAAUCUACUUUUCUGAGGACAUGUUGCUGUGAUUUUUUGCCCAGAUCCCAAAGUGAUUAGAGAUCCUCCUCAGGAUUCAGCAGGAAACACAGAGUGAAUAUGAAGCUGUUGGAGGUAUUUCUGUGAUCUCUAACCUUUGUCUGACUGCCUGCCAGGCAGCGCGUUGGGCUUGCUGCUCCUCACCACAGAAAAACUUUUAUUUAUUUUUUUACGUUCUGUCCUCAAAGUUGACUCUUAUUAACAGAAACUUGUGACGAGGACACACUGAGGUUUUUUUUCUGAAAGAGGACGAGACUGUUUUCCAAAACUGUUUACAUUUAGUUACUUGUGUGUUUUGGUGCGAGCUGAUGUUGAAACGCUGAUCUGCAGCUCCGGAGACUAAAUCCUGCCAAGGACAUCGUGGAAAAACCUUCUUUUCUGGAACAAAACCAACAACCAUUGGCUAGAUUUUUGGUUGUCCAGUUCCCUAGAAAUGGAGAAAAACUUGCCAGAGCCCCAGGUACGUUUGUAUAAAAGCAUCAUUAAUUCAUUC